AUGCCGAAAGACAAAACUCAAGGAGCAUCAAGAGGUUCUGAACUUAUGCCUCCUAAGAUUCAUGGAAAGCGUUCAGCACGCCCUAGGGGAAGGAACUAUACACCCUGGUCACCACUUCAGGGCCUCCUGAACUCUGUAAAGAAGAUGAAGAAGUACAGGAACGAUCAGAGUGCUGCCUCAAAGACGAUGAAAUCAACUAAAGGAGACAACAUGCCAAGCAGUGCAUCUAAAAUGGCACCUAACUUGAAGGAGAACAAUGGUGAAGAUACCAAGUUCAAACUUCUAGCAAUAAAAACAGAGAUCACCGAGCGAAUCAAUCCGAAAAUGCGCGGUAAACGCUCGGCGCGCCACAGGGCAAAGGAGCCUGCAUUAUGGGCAUCACAGGAUGAGCUCCUGAGAUUUGAAACUGGGGAAACCAAGCAUGGGGAUGGUGAUCAGGAUGUUUGCUCAAUGAAGAUGAAAACAUCUUCUAAGGGAAAGGAGAAAACUGGUGCCGAUGAUGACGUCACCGAGAAUACUUCAGCUGAUCAGGUGAAGAACAUCACUACUAGUGCAGAUCCAAACAAGAAGGAUGCUGUGCCAGCUCCCAAAACUCCAGUGGAGUUCAUGGGCAACAAGCAUGCAGGUGAAGAUACUAUCGAGGAGGAGGAUCAGGAAGCCUUGAUGACUGAUGCUACUGUAGCUGCUCUCAAGGAUCAGGCUGCUGCUGAUCAGGUCACUGAUGUUCACAAACCAGACUAUGUUUUCAUGGUUUCAGGUGCAGAAGCUGCUCUUGCAUCCAUAUAUGGGUCAGAGCCCUCCGAAUGGGACCUGUGCAUCACAUUUGCUGUCAAGCUGCUGAUGGACGAGGCACCAAUUCCAGAGGACGCUGCAGAAGUUGAAGAGUUCUUCAGGCAAAACAUGAACGACGCGAACAUCGCAAAUAUUGCAGGACCUUUUGUCCCCUAG